AUGUACGCAAAGCAGACUCAUGCUAAAGUUUCUAGUGGUGGAGGAGGAGGCGGUGGAGGCGGUAGACAAGGCCUAAAGGCAGAAUAUCAACCCGGCAGUAAAACGGGUAAUGGUGUGUCCGGUGUUGAGCGUAGAGGUAGUUCGGUUUACGCACGGAAAGCAUCGGUCGUUAGUAACAGUAGCGACGUGUCGAACGAUGACUACGAGGAGGUGAAACCGGACCGUCAGGUUAGCUCGCACCUGCUGGAUCAUGGUUACGGCUGCGGGGUGGCGUCGUUUCCGACCGUGCCGGUAAUGUCCGCACAGUCGGUACAGCACCCAACCACAAAACAUCAUGCUGCAGCCUCCGAGCAGCAGCAACAGCAGCGUGGCCAUCAACACAUUAGCAGUAAUGUUAGCAGUAGAAACAAUCACUCCAAUGGGAGGAGCAGCCAUCAUCACAGUACGCCCACUUCAACCAGCAUGCCAUCGUCCUCAGCGCAGACAGCUGCUCGUAGCGGUGGCAAACAGCAUCAGCAUGAUCAGGCUCAGCAGCAGCAACACCAUCACUACAGCAGUAACAAGCAGAAUGUGGCGGAUCCACCGAUCACCAAUUUCUUCAGGGCCAUUAAACGAUCGUCACAGUCGUCGAGCAUAUCUCCCACACCGGCCAAAAUUGCCAAGAGUAGCAAUGCGAAGACACCCAACUCUACUUGUUCUACACCCACGUCAUCUAUAUCGUCCUCUUCCUCGAAGAAACGCUAUUCGGAACGGACUAGGUACGACACGUCGCUUGGGCUGCUGACGAAAAAGUUCAUCGAUCUGCUGAACGAAUCACCGGACGGUGUGGUCGAUCUGAACAUUGCCUCGACGAAGCUAAAGGUGCAGAAGCGGCGCAUCUACGACAUCACCAACGUGCUCGAGGGCAUCGGAAUGCUGGAGAAGAAGUCGAAAAACAACAUCCAAUGGAAGUGUGGCAAUACCGUGUGCAAUAUCGACCGCAACACGCGAAUACAGCGCGAACGGUAUCGACUGCAACAGAAGGAAAACAUGCUGGAGGAGAUGAUCGUCGAGCUGCGGUCUGCGACGAACGAGGAGAUGAAGCACACGAAGCAUGGCUACUUUACCUGUCAGGAUCUGAGCUCGAUGGAGAUGUUCCGCGAGCAGACGAUCGUUGUUAUUAAGGCGCCACCAGAGUCUAAGCUGGAGUUGAUGAACGAAAAGAUGCAACGGGAAAUAGUGUUAAAGUCGGAGAAAGGAGAGAUCGAUGUUUUUAUCUGUCCAACUGAGGAUCCUGGAUUAAUCGAUAGUCCGGCAGUGAUUGCCGGCGAUCCACUGUUGGAAAACUUCGAACCUGUGCUAUCGCCUUUCCAACGCAUGGAUAGAACUUCCAGUCCAAGGAAAGGUUUAACGAGACCGUCCCCCUACGCGGCACAGCGCAAUCUCAAUCGUGCAUUGUUCGAGGAAGGGUCGGCGAUGAAAUGUGAAUCCACGGAAGGUGUACCCGCCAGGGAUAACAGUAUACAGACUGCCGUAGCGUCGCUGUUCAACCUAUCCGGUGCGAGUGUGCCGCAGAAGGUAGUGGUACAUACCGAGCGGUACGAAUCGCCCAUGUGCAACAUGCUAGGCACGACCAGCAGCAGCGCGUCCGGUGCAAUCAAUGGUAGCAGCUAUUACCAUGGUUGUGACUCAUCCUCAGCGGUAGCAGAUCAAUCCGAGUUGCAUUUCGAUGCUAGUCAGACAACGACGACGAUGAUCGGGUCCGCGACGAUAACGUCCAAGACUGGCGUGAGAGUUAAAUCCGAACAUGUGCCUGAUAGUAGUAAUAGUAGAAGUAGCGACAUACUGCCACCAUCCGCAAUAUCGACGGAUAGUGGCGUAUUCGUAUGGGGUGACGGUGCGAUGGACGGUGACGAUCAUCAUCACCAUCCUCACCACCACGUGGGAGGAAUUCCAACGUCCACGGCGACGUCCUCGUCGUCGUCCUCAUCUUCCUCCAUGCUCUCCGGUUUGGGUCAUCUCAACAACAACAACAACCACCUCAACAACGGUGGCAAAUUGACCCCGGAGGAGAUCACCAACAAGAAUGCAUCCCUGUCGGAUACGAAACUUAGUCCAAAUCUGUUCCAGUACGAUUACCCCAUGUCGGCGCUAAAGCCACCGAGUGCCAAGUCCUCACCGGAGAAUCUUCAUCAGCGUUACGGAUUUUCGGAUUUCGACGAUCUGGACAUUUUCCUACCAUUGGAACCGACCGCCGAUUACACGCUAGCGCUGAAUGAAUCUGAAGGUGUGUUCGAUUUGUUCGAUUUCAACUCCUGA